ACGGAGGAGGAAUUCACCAAUAGUUUCUUCUCCUUGAAGCAGGAUUUCAUGCCAGCUUUUCAAAGCGAGUCUGAAAAUGAGGAGUCUUGGUCACUAGAUAGUGAUAAGGAAGACACUGUUUUGGAAAAAAUUGCAGCGAUGGAGCAAGAGUUUAAGAGAGACGAUAAGCUGGAGGAGGAAGAUGAUGAGGUGGCAUACAGUAACGGUCACAAUGAUGGGAAGCUUCUAUCACAAGAUUUGCAGGUCAAAAAGGGGAGAAUUGAAGUAGGGGUGGGGAGCUCGGUCCGAUUUCAAAAUUUAAAUGAAGAUUUUCACAGUGCAGCGGAUAAAGGAACGUUGCAACAACAGGGGAAAUUGGAAGUUGUUGUAGAAAAAUUGGGCUUCAAUGAGAAUCAUAGGAGAAGGCUGAAGAGUAAGCCCAAAUCUGAUGGAAGCAGCCCAAGCUUUGAGGAGUCAACUAAUGAAGGUAUGGGCCAAGGUCUAAGGGGAGUAGGCCCAUCGGUGGGUCAAACUAUGGAGAUGAAUAAAGACAAAAGAACUAAGGCUGUAAUUUCUGAAGAUGGGGAAGGGGAUUCGGUCCAGCAGAAACUCGGUGUUGCAGAGGAGCAGAUGCAAUCUUCAAAGCAGAUGGGGUCGAGGGGGGACAAGGCGGCAUCUACCGUGGAGGAAGUGAGGGAGACGAUCAUGUGGGAUCAUGAGGGCGAAGAAGAUCAGAAGCAGCUCUUGAAUCAGGAGGGAUCGAGGGGGGCCAAGGUGUCUCUGUCCGAAGAGGAAGGAAGAGAUUCUACGCAGUGGGAUCUUGACGGUGAUGUGGAGCAGAGGCAGAUCCUGAAGCAGAAGGGGUCGUUAGCACUUCAGCAAAAGAGGAAGAAGAAAAUCAGGCUUUGCAGUGCUGUCUACCGAAGAGAGGGGGUUGCGGGUGUUGAACGAAGAAAAAAGAAAAAAGAUGGAAGUGCAAAACAGAUCCCGAAAUCAAAGAAAGGUAGUUUAAUGCCGGAAUUCUUGGCUAGCCCAAAUGGUGAGAUAGCAAGGGAAUCCAUUGGAGAUAGCGGAAUAGAAAAUUAGGGCUUAUUUGGAGGACUUCUUUGUAUUUGGGAAUCAUCUGUGUUCAAAAUGAUGGAGGUGAUUGAGGGCCGUUCUUUUAUGGGGGUGUUUGGGGUAUGGGGAGAAGAGCAGAUACCAGUGCAUCUGAUUAACAUAUACUCUCCAUGUACUCUGGCGAGCAAAAGAGAGUUGUGGGAGGAGCUGGGUAAUUUGAUCAACAGAAGGAAGGGAAAUUGGUGCUUAGGGGGUGAUUUUAAUGCUGUCACAAAGGUUGAGGAGAGGGCGGGGUGUAAAGAUCCAACUACAGAGAUGAAUGAGUUUAAUAGCUUUAUCCAGGAUGCGGGAUUGAUAGAUUUACCAUUGAUAGGCAGAAAGUAUACUUGGUAUAGCUCAAAUGGUCGACAGAUGAGUAGAAUUGAUAGAUUUUUGAUAUCUGCUGAUUGGUUUGAGAAGUGGAGUGAUAUGAAACAGUGGGGUUUGGGCAGAACAGUGUCAGAUCAUUGUCCGUUGGUACUGAAGAACGAAAAAAUAGACUGGGGACCAAAGCCGUUUAAAUUCUUCGAUGUGUGGCUGGAGCAACAUGAAUGUAAAGAGCUGAUAAGAAAGGCAUGGAAUCCUACAGUGGAAGAUGGGAGAAAGGGUUUCAGACUAAAGGAGAAAUUGAAAGGAACUAAAAAAAGCCUUGAAGGAGUGGAGUGGCAACCACAUCUAUCGGAAAAAGAUGCAAACAAGAGGAAAGGCUGCUUCUUAGAUCUGUGGGAGAACUUGAAAAUCAAGGACAGUAUGUGGCAGCAGAAAUCAAGGAAGAUGUGGCUAAGAGAUGGGGACGCUAACACAAAAUUUUUCCACAAUUGUGUGAAGGGCAGAUGGAGAAGAAAUGAGAUUAAUAGCAUUCAGGUUAAUGGGAAACAGAUUCGGGAGGUGGGGGAGUUAAAAGUAGGAGUGGCAAAGUAUUUUCAAGAUUUGUUCACAGAAAGUAACUGGCUGAGACCAAAGCUGGAUGGCAUCAACUUCAAACAACUAUCCCAUGCAGACAAUGAACCCCUUAUGGCUGAGUUUUCUGAGGAAGAAAUCAAGAGUGCAGUGUGGGAUUGUGAGCCAACAAAAUCCCCAGGGCCUGAUGGGUUUAAUUUCAAAUUUAUAAAGGCUAUGUGGGAGGACAUCAAACAAGAUAUUAUUGGCUAUAUCCAGGAAUUUCAUGAUCGAGGCAAGAUAGAAAAAGGAGCAAAUGCAUCUUUCAUAGUCUUAAUCCCGAAGAUUGAGAAUCCCCAAAGAAUUGAAGAUUAUAGGCCAAUCUCGCUCAUUGGAGUCAUGUAUAAGAUCUUGGCAAAGCUGUUAGCUAACCGACUGAGGAAAGUUCUGGAUAAGAUCAUCGGGGAGCAACAAAUGGCAUUCAUUAAAGGUAGACAGCUGCUGGAUGGGGUGAUCAUUGCUAAUGAGGUGAUUGAGGAGGCAAAGAGAAAGAAGAAAAACAGCUUUUUACUCAAGGUUGACUUCGAAAAAGCAUAUGACAAUGUAUGCUGGGAUUUUAUUGACUACAUGCUAUUGAUAAUGGGAUUUACUGCCACAUGGAGAAAAUGGAUGAAGGAAUGUCUACAGUCGAGCACAGUUUCAAUCCUCAUUAAUGGAAGCCCAACAAGGCAGUUCCCGGUUAGUAAAGGGAUAAGGCAAGGUGACCCACUAUCGCCCUUCUUGUUUCUAAUAGUAGCGGAGGGAUUGAAUGGCUUAAUGUUAUCUGCGGUGGGUAAAAAUCUUUACAAGGGGGUGAGGAUUGGAAACAAAGAAGUGACGGUAUCACACCUCCAGUUUGCAGACGACACGAUAUUUUUUGGCGAAGCAUCAAAGGAAAACAUUCAAGUUAUCAAAUGCAUUUUGAGGACCUUUGAGUUAGCUUCGGGACUUAAGAUUAACUAUGGUAAAAGUCAACUAAUGGGUAUCGGGGUUGAGGAAGAUUGGAAAAAGAGAAUGGCUUACACCCUUCACUGCAAAGAAGGCGAGCUCCCUGUCAAGUUGGCAAAUAUGGAAGAGGGCUUGUGGAAGAGUGUCAUUGUAGGAAAAUAUGGAGCAGAAAGGGGACACUGGCUGGAUUGGGGUUUUAGGCUGAAGAUAGGGGAAGGGAGAGGUGUUAAAUUCUGGUGGGAUUCAUGGUGCGGGGAGGAGUGUCUAGCUAACAAAUUUCCUAGACUGUAUUUACUGUCAACAGGGAAAGGAAAAGAAUGUCAUGAAAUGGGUAAUGCGGAGAGGGCCACAUGGAAAUGGAAUUUAACAUGGAGACGGAAAUUGUUUGAAUGGGAAGAAGAAGCAGCUCGAGAACUCAAAGGGAUGAUUGAAGAAGUGAAGAUCACACCAGGCUGCCCAAAUAGAUGGGAAUGGAGUCAUAGCAAGGAAGGCCAAUAUUCAACAAAAAUAGCUUAUCAAAGGCUUUCAAUGCCAAGGAAGAAUCCAGAGGAAGAAAAAAUCUUCAAAAGGGUGUGGAAUCCCAUCGUCCCUAGUAAAGUGGCCGCGUUUAAUUGGAAAACAUUGCUGGACAGAAUCCCAACCAAGUUAAAUCUGAUCAAAAGGGGAGUUAUCAAAGAUAUGGCUGAAGGGAAUUGUGUCUUAUGCGAGGAAGAGAUCGAAGAUGCUGACCACCUGUUCUUAAAAUGCAGAGUAGCUAGAAGAUUGUGGCAAGCAUGCGCAAACUGGUGGGGAACAAACUUUACACUUCACAGAGAUUGCUGGAAAACAUUUCAACAUUUUGGGACAUGGACUACAAAACCACACAUUUCAGAAGGGUGGGACUGCAUUUGGAACACAGUCUUGUGGACUAUAUGGAUGGCACGAAACGGGUAGGUUUUUCAUGAUUCAAAGGUAAACAAAAGCAAUCUUUUUGAACUUAUUCAAUUGAGAUCUUUUGCUUGGGUUAAAGCAAGGAAAGCUAGGUGUUAUUUCAGUCUUUCGGAUUGGAUGAUUGAUCCUACUUCUUGUCUGUUAGUAAAUUGUAGACGAAAGUAGUAAUGAUUCGAAAGAUAGGAGUAACAUUGAAGGGCUGGCUUUUUGUAUUUGUUGUAAGGGUUUGAGUACCCCUUGUACUCAGUUUUUUUCAUCAAUGAAUUAUCCAUUUGCUG